AUGACAAUCAACUUGCUCAUUGAGAAGUGUCGUGAAUGGGAUCUUCCUCUGCACAUGGUCUUCAUCGACUUCAAGAAGGCAUUUGACAGCAUCAAAUUUGUUUGCAUUUGGAGGGCACUGGAAGAAUGUGGAGUAGACGAAUGCACAGUGAGAAUGAUCCAGCAACUUUACGCUGCCGGUCGCUCAUACUUAUGCCUGGGAUCAAGUCAAGUGGAGUUUGAAGUCCAACGAGGAGUCCGACAAGGAGACUCACUCUCGCCUUCUCGCCUUUACUGUUUGUUCUUACUCUGCAAUGGUGUCUGA